AUGGGGAUUCUUCCAAAAGAAUUAUUCGAAAUUACCCCUAAUUUAGUAAUUCCCGGCAACACAAAAUCCGACCCCACUGUGCAAUACUAUAGCCUUACGGCACAUAAUAAUUAUGGCCAAAUGUCCGGUAUUAAUUAUGACAUUACUGCACAUAAUAAUUAUGGCAAUUUUAAUGUCGAUCCAAAU